UCCAGGUUCUGAGAAGAUGGCGAAGGUCUCAGAGCUUUACGAUGUCACUUGGGAAGAAAUGCGAGAUAAAAUGAGAAAAUGGAGAGAAGAAAACUCACGAAACAGUGAGCAAAUUGUGGAAGUUGGAGAGGAAUUAAUUAAUGAAUAUACUUCUAAGCUUGGAGAUGAUAUUUGGAUCAUAUAUGAGCAAGUGAUGAUUGCAGCCCUAGACUAUGGUCGAGAUGACUUGGCAUUGUUUUGUCUUCAGGAGUUGAGAAGACAGUUCCCUGGCAGUCACAGAGUCAAGAGACUAACUGGCAUGAGAUUUGAGGCCAUGGAAAGAUAUGAUGAUGCUAUACAACUAUAUGAUAGAAUUUUACAAGAAGAUCCAACUAACACUGCUGCAAGAAAGCGUAAGAUUGCCAUUCGAAAAGCCCGGGGGAAAAAUGUGGAGGCCAUUCGGGAACUGAAUGAGUAUCUGGAACAAUUUGUUGGGGACCAAGAAGCUUGGCAUGAACUUGCAGAACUUUAUAUCAAUGAACAUGACUAUGCUAAAGUAGCCUUUUGUUUAGAGGAGCUAAUGAUGACUAAUCCACACAACCACUUAUACUGUCAGCAGUAUGCUGAAGUUAAAUAUACCCAGGGUGGACUUGAAAACCUUGAACUUUCAAGAAAGUAUUUUGCUCAGGCACUGAAACUGAACAACAGAAAUAUGAGAGCUUUGUUUGGGUUUUACGUGUCGGCAAGUCAUAUUGCUUCUAAUCCAAAAGCAAGUGCAAAAACAAAAAAGGACAACAUGAAAUAUGCUAGUUGGGCAGCUAGUCAAAUAAACAGAGCUUAUCAGUUUGCAGGUCUAAGUAAGAAGGAAACCAAAUACUCUCUUAAGGCAGUUGAAGACAUGUUGGAAACACUGCAGAUCACCCAACCUUAA